ACUCCAAGAUGUACGGAUUAUACCCUCUCUAUUCGGCGGCUCUCGUCAUCACCGCCUACCCGAAAUGGUGCCUCAGAUCCAUUCCGAUCUAUUGCUCUCUUUCAGCCACAGCCGAAUUCGGAAAAAGUUAUAAGAGGAAAAAGCUGCCGGUGGAGCUCUUGGAAAGUGUGACGAAGCUCACGUGCGAGUCAGCCGCGCGCGGCGGCGCUUGUGAUGUCUAUUUGAUCGGAACCGUUCACAAUUCUCCGAAAUCUUGUCAGGAAGUUAGGCAGUUGAUACGAUUGAUCAAACCAGGGGCUGUUCUCGUGGAGCUUUGCCCUUUUGGCGCUAAAUUUCUUAAUAGAAUUGCUAAGCGUAAAAUAUACGAGAGUAAUCCAUUGGGAGAGUUUCAAGUGGCGUAUGAGGAAGCUAACAAAUAUGGUGCCAAAGUUGUACUUGGUGAUCGACCUAGCGGAAUUACAUUCCGUAGAUUCCCGGUCAUGGCGUUUCUUCGGGAAUUUUGCAUUUCUUUUAUAUUUUCAAGAGAGAAACUCAUAAGUACCUUAAAGCAGUUAAACAGAAUUAAAUCAGAUGGUCCUAACAACACUAUCACUGGUGCACUAAAUCAGGAGCUUGCCAAGUUGCUCCCUUCUUACGUGGAAACCCUUGUCUAUGAGCGUGAUCGAUAUAUAUCGGGCAAGUUGUUGGAAGUCGCUCGUGAGCAUAGCUCUAUCGUUGCUAUUGUGGGAAAGGGCCACGUGCCAGGGAUCCAGAAGAACUGGAAACAACCUGUUGACGUAAAGAUUUUAUGCCAUUCGUUGAUUCUUUAAAAUUCAAUGAUCAUUACACGUCGUAUUGUCAAGUAUAUCGUCUUGAUAUAACUUUAUGUUUUUGAAUG